UCAAAAAAAUGGGUUCCAUUGAGAAUAAGAGUACCACAAUCAUAAACAAAGAUGAAGAGGAAGCUUGCAUGUAUGCCAUGCAAUUAGCCAGUGCUUGUGCCUUGCCCAUGGUCUUGAAAGCAGCUGUUGAGCUGGACUUGUUUGACAUCAUUGCCAAAGAAGGUCAUGGUGUGCAUAUGUCCCCUUCUGAGAUUGCUUCUUACCUACCCACAAAGAACCCAGAUGCACCCUUUGUGCUUGAUCGUUUCCUCAGACUUCUGGCCAGUUUUUCCAUCCUUAGUUAUUCUUUGCAAGGCCACGAUGAUGCCCAAGUUGAGAGACUUUAUGGUCUCACUCCUGUUGGGAAGUACUUCUUGAAGAACCAAGAUGGAGGAUCCAUGGCUCCUUUGGUGCUUUUGAACCAAGGCAAAGUCCCCAUGGAAAGCUGGUACCACAUGAAUGAUGCUGUUCUUGAGGGUGGAAUUCCAUUUCACAAGGCAUAUGGAAUGACAUCAUUUGAAUACUUUAGUACUAAGGAUCCUGGAUUCAGUAAGGUUUUCAACAAAGGUUUAUCAGACUACUCAAACAUAACAAUGAGAAAAAUUGUUGAGAUCUACAAAGGGUUUGAGGGCCUCAAGUCACUGGUUGAUGUUGGUGGUGGGACUGCAGCAACACUUAAUAUGAUUGUUUCUAGCCACCCUUCUAUUAAGGGCAUUAAUUUUGAUUUACCACAUGUCAUUAGAGAUGCACCUUCUUAUCCUGGUGUAGAACAUGUUGGAGGAUGUAUGUUUGGAAAAUUUCCAAAAGGAGAUGCCAUCCUAAUGAAGUGGACAUGCCAUGAUUGGGAUGAUGAAAACUGCUUGAAGAUUCUGAAGAAUUGCUAUAAAACAAUAGAAGAUGAUGGGAAAGUUAUCCUUAUUGAAUCAAUAGUUCCAACUGCACCUGAGCCAAGCCUUGCUGCAAAGGUUGUCUUCCAACUUGACAAUAUCAUGUAUGCUAAUACAUGCGGAGGGAGAGAGAGAACCCAGAAAGACUUUGAAGCCUUAGCCAAGGGAGCUGGAUUUGCAGAUUUCCGAGUGGAUUGUUGUGUUUUUAAUAGUUGUGUCAUGGAGUUACGUAAAAAGAUUUAAGAUUUUAAGUUUUUCUAUAGCCUGAAGAAGACCUUAUUUGAGGGUGAUCUCACAUGUAUGAAAUAAGCACUUCUCCAUUUUUCUUAGGAAUAGUUUUGUAAAUUUUCAACUACGUCAACUUUUAUAUAUGGGGUUCGUGUAUAAUGUAACCUUUCGUGGUGGGUGAGUAUCAUUUUUGGGUAAGUCAAUCCCCAUUUGAGUUCGAAGUUUUCUUGUAGUUAAUGAUAUCCAGCUUGGAUGAGUGAAUCCCCAAACAA